AUGAAGAGAGGUGGGAGCCAACCAGCAAAAAUAAUUCAAAAAAAGUAUAGAGCAGAAGAUGAUGCGAAAGAUCCUAUUCAAGUUUAUUGUCGAAUUCGCCCUGUUCAGUCUAAUUUAGAAUCAUCAUGUAUCAAAGUUCUAUCUGACAAUGAAUUACAAAUAUAUUGCCCGCCAGAUGAAAGAGGAAUAUCUAGGGAAGGACAAUUCAGUUACAAGAAAAUAUUCACUGAAUAUGAGACCCAAGAAGUGGUCUUUCAAGACCUAGGAUUACCAUUAAUUGAACAACUUUUAACUGGGAAGAAUAGUUUAAUAUUUGCAUAUGGAAUAUCAGGUAGUGGCAAAUCAUAUACAAUGACUGGUAAUCAGGAAGAUGGUGGUAUUGUUGGAAGAUGUUUUGAUGUAAUAUUCAACUCUAUUCAAAAUUACCAAGCUAGAAGGUUUACUUUUAAACCUGAUAAGCUUAAUGGUUUUGAUGUAUAUAGUAUGGAAGAUGCCUUGUUUUUUAAAUCUGAGGAUUUCAAAAACAAUGUUAAAAACCCUUCUAAAACAUCAAAAAAGAAAGAUGGAGAUACAGAUCGUAUACCAUUUAAUUUUAAAAUUAUGGAUAUAGAACAAGAUGUAGCAUAUUCAGUCUUUAUAAGCUACGUAGAAAUAUAUCAUAAUUAUGUUUAUGAUCUUUUAGAAGAUGUAUCUGAUGGAGAAAUAAGACGAAACAGUAAAAUAAUAAGGGAAGAUUCUAAUGGCAAUAUGUAUGUGCAUGGAGUAAAUGAACAAGAAGUAUUUAACGCUGAUGAAGCAUUUGAAUGGUUAAGAAAAGGUCAAUUAAGAAAGCGUACAGCACCAACAUUUUUGAACAUGGACUCUAGUCGUAGUCAUACAGUUUUUACUAUAAGAGUUGUACAAGCACCUUUGGAUACUGAUGGUGUAAGUAUUAUUCAAGAUAAGAAGUAUACAGUUGUGAGUCAGCUUUCACUAGUAGAUUUAGCCGGUAGUGAACGAGCUGGGAAAGCAAAGACUACUGGACAAAGACUUCAAGAAGCUGGAGAAAUAAAUAAGUCACUUUCAAAUUUGAAACAAUGUCUUAAGAUAUUAUAUGAAAAUCAAUCUUCUAGCAAUUUAAGAAACAUUGCUGAAAAAAUACCUUACAGAACUUCACGUCUUACACAUCUGUUCAAAAGUUUCUUUGAAGGUUCUGGUUCAAUCAGAAUGCUAAUUUGUAUAAACCCUAUGUCUGAAUAUACAGAGCUUUUGCCUGUUCUACAAUUCGGUGAAAUGUCUGGAAGUGUUCAAGUAAAAAGAACAACUCCAUUACGUAUGGAUAUAGGAUUAACUCCAGGAAGAAGAAAAGUUAUUGAUAUUCAAUCUAUAAAUCGCAUUCCAUGUGUAAUUGAAGAAGAUACUAGAUUUCCGCAAGACAAUAAAAUUAAUUAUGAAUCAAAAGAAAACUGUUUUGGAAGUUAUUUAAAUUUGGGGCCUCCUUUGCCAGAUUUAGAAGUAGAUGAUUUAUUAGAUGAUGAGAAAAGACAACAAUUAAUUACUGCUCUUGAUCAAAGAAUUAAAAAAAAGGAAGAACUUCGUGAAAUGUUGAUUACUCAAAGUAAUGACAUACGAUCACAAUUAGUAAUUUUAGAAAGCAAUUAUGCAGGUGCUAAACAAGAAAUAAAUUCAUUGCAAAUUUUGAGAGACCAAGAUACCAAUAAAGUUAAGCAAUAUCAAAACAAAUCAUUUUUAUUAGAAAAUGAAUUAGCUUCGUUAAAAAGAAAAUUAGAGUUUAUGGAUAAUGAAAAUAAAAGAUUAAAAUCAGAUUUAAAUGCAAAAGACAACAUGCUAAAUCAAGUUUCAGUAGAUAAAGAUCUAUUAAAACAAAAAUACAAUACAAAAAUUGUUAAAAAGCAAGAACAGUUAUCUAGAGAAUUCAAAGAUAAAUGGAAGGUUCAAGAAAAUGAGUUUGAGGCGAAAUUACAAGAUAAAAAACGCAAAUUAAGACACAUCAAAAAUAUUGUGGAAAGUACAGAAAAUGUCCCUGGCCAUUUUUCCAGACGUACUGUAAAAAGAACACUAUCUGAUGAAAGCUUAAACAAAAUAGAACCAGUUGUAAAUAAUGGUAAACCUACAGAUUCAAAACAAAAUGAGCCAUCACAAGCAACACUAAGAUAUUUACGUUCAAGACGAUCUAAAUCAUGUGACCCACAUGAACGUUGGAUUGAACAUAAACCUCCUGUGCCUAUUCCUCUGCAAACUGUUAUGCAACCCAAGUUAAAAAAGCGCAAAUCCAUUACCAAGUUAACAGAUGCCAAAACAGUAUCGAAUAAUGGUGCAUCAAAAUAUUGUUUGUUGACACAAGGAUCAGAUGACCAAGGAAUUCCAGAAGCUAAACUUUAUAAAGCUGAUAUUAUACAAACUAUGGGUGGAGGUGCCCAGGUUGUGUUCAAUGAUGUUGAAACACUAAAACAGGAUUCACCACUUGGUGGAUCUCCGGUGAAGAACCGUAUCCAGGCAUACAAUAAUGAAGUAAAGGCUCAUAGAGGUAAUCCAGAAGAUGUACAAUCAAAAUGUUAUGGAAUACAAGGAGGAUAUACUCCAACAUCUAGAAAAUGAUGAUAUAAUAAAAUAAAAACGUUACCAAUAUUAAAUUUAAGGUGUUUGGCUAACGUAUGUGAUAUCAAUCUUAAAUUGCUUUUAUUAUUAUAUGCAUAUAGUUUGUACAUAACUUUACUUUAAAAAAAUAUCAAUUUAACUUUUUUUGACAGUGUAAGUAAUCACUUUAAUAAAAAAUACCAUCUCAAUCACAACUGUUUCAGUGCUAUGUCAAUGUGGGUAUAAUUUGCUUUUUAUACAAUUGAAUGUUAACCUUUUAUUCACUAUAAAAUCAAUUGAUUUUUUUUUUUUAUAUUUUUGUACUAUAAGUUUUUCAUAUUAUAUAAUUUUAUAAAUAUUAUUUAUGAACUAUGUUUUGCCUGCAGAAAUGUUGAGACAAGAUGCAAAAUAUUCUUA